AUGGGAGGCAACAGCAAGAACGACACCAAAGGUCUCUCCUACGUGGCCGCAACCCCUGCCUUCCUCAGAAAUUUUGGCAAACCCCAAUCUCCGCCUCGACGCGCGGGCGAAUCGAGUACUGGUGGUCGUGCAGCGUUACCAGAGCGGCCGAAUGAUGGGAAAUGGGCUGGAGGAUCGGACGGGGAGGAAGAGGAGGAUGAGUGGGAUGCCAAGUUUGGAGGCGGCGGAGAUGAGGGACCGCAAGUUGUGGUGUUAAAGGAAGGGAGGCAUUUGACGGCUGAGGAGGUCAUGCGGGAAAGAAGAAAAGCGGCAGGCAAAGCCUCUCAGUCACCACCUCCUCCCACAUCCAUCACUACCCCAAAAGCCAAACGACCAACAUCUCCAUCUACAAUAACGGCCAAGUCGUCAAAACCGAUCAUCCCAAAACCAAACACGUCGAAACGGAAGUUGGUAGGUGCUGCAGCUGGAGAAGACGACGAGGAUGUGGAGAAGAAAGGCAAGAUAGGGGAGGCCGGCGGGAAGAAGAAAAAGAAGAAGGGGAAGGGCAUGUUGAGCUUCAACGAAGCGGAAGGGGAGGAAUGA